AUGGCCAUCCGUGACCACUUCCGCCGCCGCAAGUCCAUCUCUGAGCCUAGCCAAGGAAACGGCUGCUCAUCGCCGGAAUCCAAGUCCCCUGGGGCCCUCCGUCUCGCCAAAACACUGCGAUGGUUCUCAAAGGAUGAGAAGCCGGAAAAGAAGGCCGCCAAGGAGAAGCCCGAUCCCCGCGAGAGGCCUUUCAGCGAGACCAACCUCCGCCACCAAGAAAUUCUCAACGGCUUCACGCUCACCUUCGGCAAGAGGCAGCCCAGUCGCGACACGCGGUCAAGCUACUACAGCAUCGGCGUCAGUCCCGGUACCUCAAGACACAACAGCGUGGACGAGAGCCCGCGCCGGAUGAAUUCAGUGGCGCGCGAGGGGCCGUUUGUCCGGUCUGUGCCGGAGGAAGAUGAGAGAGUCUAG